CGUGGAGCAGAACCUAAUGCAAGGAUGGAGACAGCGAAGCCUACGAAAUUUAUUAGAUUGCUAGCAAAGCGUUUAGUAUCUAAUGGCUGUGUGAAAGACACCCACAACCUUAAGCCAAGAAGACUACUGAAGGAAGCUGUAGCUAGCUUACCAGAAGGAACUAUAAAAGAUACUGUUAACAAAAGAUUUGGAUUUUAUGUAAAGAAAUUGAAAUUAUCUAUUUUUGAGCAACAUAAGAGAAAAGUUUCAGCAGAACCACAUAAAAAAGACAAGUUCCCCUAUAACCUGUAUACAAAGAAAAAACAUUGUGUCACUGGAACUAUUGAUGAUGACCAGGUACAACAAACAUAUGGAACCUUGCUGUGUAGGAAGCUAGAAGAGGAUCCUGUGGAAAAAUUGGUUGGAUUGCUAGCUAAAAUUGAUGAGGAGAACCAGGACUCUGUGCUACUUAACCUGACAUGUGGGACCACUUCUUAUCUUGGUCUUCUCAAAACGAUGCAUCUAUACUAUCUUAUUGUUCAACCAAAGUCGGAGAACACUAUAAGAGAUUAUGGAGAGACGGGAAAUGCAGAAGAGAGAAAAACAGAUAAAAAUGCCAUGUGUCGUACAUUAUGUGAUAAAGUGAAACAUUUCCUGUCUGUGUGCCAUCUUCGAUAUUCUGCCAUACAAAAGCCCGAGGCUCCAGUGUACCCGUACAGCUAUUCGGAUCUUCUGUCCACCAUUAUGGCCGUGUUUUUUGACCUGUUUCUUUUAUCCAACAGAAAGUCAAAGAAACAGGAGCAGGCAUCCAGGCGAUUAUGUAAUUUGGCUUGUUAUCUGACGGAGGAUAAUCCCAGCUACCGACUGGACGUUCUAAUACAGAUGUCGAAGGUUCACACCGACACUGCCCUACUACUGCCCUAUGUCAGGAGAAGCUUUGAGAAGAAGCCAGAUACUGGUGACUUCCACCACUACCUGAAAUAUGUGUUGGCCCUGCGCACUGUCUGUGACAUCACUGAUGAAAAGGACGAAUCUGGUGAAAUCAACACUCUGAAGCGACAGACCAGUAAGACUGUACCCGCCCCCAAACAUUUCCUGGAUUGGUUGGAGGAGAUUAAUGAGGACAUCCUUGAUGAAAUGCCGGUGGAAGACAGGCGCUUCAAGAGAUCACAGGUCACCAAGUUCAUCCUGGAGGAGGCAGAUGAUAAGCUGUUGUCUCUGCUGGCUGAUACGUUGACAAAUGGCAAUGAGGAGACGGAGGAUCAAGUUUCAAAAAAGAAAAAGAAGGCCACAAAGAAGAACAAAAAAACAGAUGAAGAAUCCAAAGAGAUGGCAGAGGAAGAUGGCACACCAGACUCUGAGCUGUUCUUCUUAGACACUGGUGGCAAUAACGAGAUGACUGAGCAAGAAAACCUUUCGGACUCUGAGCUAUUCUUCCUAGACACAGGUCGCAGUAAGAAGGAUCGAGAUACAAAAAUGGAGAAUCAAGUUCUGCAAAAGAAGGUUAAGGCAUCAAAAACGAAAAAGAAAGAACCCAAGGAGGCUCCUGCUACAGAAACAGAGGAUCAAGUUGUAAAGAAGAAGAAGAAAAAGGCAAAGAAGGAAAAGAAAGAAUUAAAAGAGGAUCAAGUUACAAAAACAGAGGAUCAAGAUACAAAAACAGAGGAUCCAGUUUCAAAAACAGAGGAUCCAGUUUCAAAAAAGAAAAAGAAGAAGAAGAAACAAAAAGAGUCAAAAGAGGCAAUUGAGCUAGAAGAAAGACAAGACUCUCAGCUGUUCUUCCUAGACACUGUUGGCGGUAAACAGAAACAGGAUCAAGAUACAAAACCAGAGGGUCAAGUUCCUAAAAAGAAAGAUAAAUCUGCAAAGAAGAAAAAGAAGGAAUCCAAAGAGGCAACAAACAUAGCAGAUGAGAAUCAGGAGACUGAGGUGUUCUUCAUAGACACAGGUGGGAGCUGGCAUAAACAGGAUGACAUUGACAUUGAAGAUAAAGAAGAGAGUGAUGACUCCAUAACAAUAACCGAUGUCACAUUCGUCGAACAGACAGUAAUAUCCAGUGAUAACGAGGAAAUUAUGGCUGAUGAAAUGGACAUACGAGACAUGGAGGAGGAGGAAGACGAAGAGGAGGAGGAAGGCGAAGAGGAGGAGAAGGACAUGGACGUCAAAAAUGAGGAUAGUGACAAGGAAAACAUAGAGGAGAAAAUGACAGUGAAGGAAAAUCUGGAAGAAACCACCAUAAGACCAAUGGACAAAGAUUCUGAGGAAAAAGUUAUGAACCUCAGUGAAGAAAACGGGUCGGACAUUGAGGCAGAUACAGAGGAAGAUGUUGAUGUUAACACCGAGGAUGCUGAGGAUAUAGAUGAAGAUCAAGAGGAAAAUAUCGAGGGAUUUGAUUCCGAUGAUUUAGUGAAACCAGAUGAAACAGAUGAUGAUGAGUCAGACGAAGUGAUUGCUGAAAGUGAUGCUGAAGACAAUGAUGAAGUGGAUAGUUUUGAAGUAAAAUCUGAUCAUGGGCAAACAGAAGAAAUGCUAGCAUGUUUCGUAAAUAAAAGUCCUAGAAGGGAAGAUUCAGAUGAAAUGGAAGUUACCUUAUCAACGCCUGACAAGAUAGCGGAAAGCGUACCUUUACCAGAGAUACCAGUAUCUGGUAAGUCUACACGGCGAAGAAAGGCCGCUACAAACAGUCGGGAUACAUCAGAUCACUCAAGUGGUGAACAACAGAUGUUUACUCCUACUAGAAAACCAUCUGCCAAUACACCUAGGAACAGAUCACCUGGGAAACAGUCCUCUGUCAAUACACCUAGGAACAGAGCACCUGAGAAACAGUCCUCUGUCAAAACACCUAGGAACAGAUCACCUGAGAAACAGUCCUCUGUCAAUACACCUAGGAAUAGAUCACCUGAGAAACAGUCAUCAGUCAAUACACCUAGGAACAGAUCAGCUGAGAAACAGUCUUCUGUCAAUACACCUAGGAACAGAUCACCUGAGAAACAGUCCUCUGUCAAUGCACCUAGGAACAGAUCACCUGAGAAACAGUCCUCUGUCCAAACACCUAGGAACAGAUCACCUGAGAAACAGUCCUCUGUCAAUACACCUAGGAACAGAUCAACUGAGAAACAGUCAUCAGUUGUCAAACCUAAAAACACCUCUCCGGAGAAACGAUCAUCAGCUAUGACGCCUCGUAGUAUCUCCCCCAAGAAACGAUCGUCUGUUGCCACACCUACCAAUAUCGCACCUGAGAAAAGAUUGUUCGAGGAUGUGAUCGGUACCUCAGACGACCCAGACGACUAUGUAUUUUCACCAAGGAAACUGGGAAAAACUGAUGUGCAUCAGAUGAUUCAAGGAACUACACCUGAGAAAAAAAGAAAGAUGAGAAAUGGGGAAGUAACAGAGGGAGCGUCAUCAGAAACAGCACCAAGGAAAAGCAGGGCAGCAACUAUCAAGUCUCCUGAGAAAAGUCAGCUGAAAGAUGGAGCCAACUCCCCAGGAAAUUCUGAACUCAAAUAUGAAAUUUUUGAGUUUGAAUCCGAUGAGGAAAUGAUUAUGAAAAAAAUCGAAAAUAGGCAGAAUGCUGAAUCUGAUCGACAGAAGUCUCCCAAUACUAAAUCUAACAGGCUGAAUUCUCCCAAAACUGAACCUAAUAGACUGAAAUCACCUAAAACUGAAGACAGAUUGAAGACUCCGAAAAGUAUGAAGGAAGAGAAUAAGUCCACUCUGUCUGCUAAAAAAUUGCAAACACCAAGGAACCAAAUACAGUACAAGGACGAGGAAGAGAUAGCUUCCUCAUCAGAUAAAGAGGAAGAAAUAUCGCUACAUUUAAGGAGAUCCACGAGGACACCAAAGAAAAGACAGAUGGAGGUGUCAUCAUCUAGUAAACGGAUCAAGACAAGAACUGUCACAAGUAACAAUGUCUCCUCUUCAAUGAAACAGCCAGAAGAAAGUGUAAAUAAUUUUGAUAUAACAGAUGUACUAUCAGGUGAAAUAGGAAACGAAGUGAUUCCAGAUUCAAAUGACUCUGAAAAUGAAAGUCCAUGUGAAGAGGACUUUCCCUUGUUGAGUUCCCCUGUUAAAGAAAGUCACCAGGUGCCUUCAAGUUUUAAUAAAACCCUUCAUACAAAACAGACUGAACGGACAGAAGUAUAUAUUGACACUCAAAGUCCAGCAAAAUCCAAGAAGACUUUAUCUAAGACCCCUACUGAGAAAUUCACGUCUGUUAAAUCUCUCAAUUUACAACCUUCUCCUGGAAUCGUUGAUCAGCCUUCUCCUACUAAAGGUCAGUCCAACAGGAGGAAGGCUCGCUCCAGUACUAGUGUUGUCUCCAAUUCAGUAAGCAAUGGGGUUGAUUCUGCAGUGUUGGCGCUUACCACAGAAAACCUAGCAGCAAUGGCAUCUCCAGGAAAACGAUACUCCUUGAGGGCUACCAGGAAACGCAGGGAAUCGGGGACUUCAGAUGUUAGUGACCUUUCCUUAGUGACACGGUCGAGGAAAAGUGUUUCUGGAUAUGUGGACUCUACGUUGGAAAGUUCAAAAAAAUAUUCAAUGACAGGAAAUGAUGAGUCCAACUCUGUCAGUGGCUCACCUGACAGAACUCAAGGUCGCUCAAGGUUGCAGACAUUGGACGAGAACUCUUCUAAUUUGAUGAUGGUCACAGACAAAAACUUCAUCUUCUCAGAGAAGGAAACACAGACUCCAUCUUCAAGGAGGAAAUCAACUUCGACCACUUCAGUCGAGUCACCACGUAAAUCAGAAAGAAGAAGGUAUUCGUUAAGAGGGAAAGACUAGGUUGUGGAGGACUCUCUCUGUGGCAGCUGACCUCCCGUGUCAUGAAGAUCAAUGACAGGUUUUAAUGAACCAACCAUUCAGAUUUUCAUGGAAUAUCAGCAAUCUUCUUUCCAACACUUAUUGGUUGUGUGGAAACUCUUCAUAAUAUUCUGUCUUGAAUUUAUUAUUUUCCAAGCAUUUUUAGCUCAUCUGGCCCAAGUGUAAGGUAGCUUAUGUCGUGGUGUGGCAUCAAUAACCAUGGAUCCACUUUUCCUUAAAAAGCUACUUAUAACAGCUUAAAGGGUCUUAACCAAAUUUAAUCUGGAGCAUUGUUGGGCCAAAGGGAUGCAACAAGUUUAAGCUAUGGCUGAUGGAGAGGCCCAGUUCAGUAGGAGUACACACUAGGACUCAUUGACUCAAAAGUUUUGUCUGGUCUCAAUUCAUAUUUGUUGUACUCUUUUGAAAUACGUUACCAUGCUUCAUAUAUUUUGAAACAAAAACAAUUGAGCUAUUAACGCCCAUGGGCCUAUUUAUAUUUUCUCCUUCAUAAAGUAGAUUAUACAUAUUUUCUGUAAGUAUAAACCUACAAAGAAUUUUGCUUCAGUAUAAAGAUAACUCCUCCACUCUUAGGAUAUUAAUCACAAAGGGAGGUAAAUCUUACUUCUUACUUGAAGAUAAAUCCUAUCAAAGCUAUUUGAUAAAGGCUGGGACAACUCGCUGUCAUAUGUUAAUGAAUGCAAAGGUCCCAUAGAAAUACAUAAUCUAGUGGCAGAAAUUAGGAUAACCUCUAAAUGAUUCCUACAUGUUAUAAAUAAUUGAAUUCCUAGCCUAAAUCGUGAUGCAUGCAUAAUACAUGUAUAUUGUCACUGAUGUGUGGGAAUAGGAGUUAUAAUAUAAGUAUCCUGUUAGCAAGUUCAUGCCAUGUUUAUUUGUAUACAAUCGAAAAGUUGAUGUUUACGCUGAAUUUAUCAUUUUGGUUUUAAAAAAGGGGGACAUGAAGUAUUUGCCUUUUCUGUUGUUAUAGCAAAUAACAGUAUCUUGAUACAACUUGGCGUUUAUCUUCAUUGCUCACAUACUAGAAGCUCAAUAAUUAUUAAAAAUCAAAUGUGGAAACGUAUGUAAGAGUAUUACCCCAAUUCAAAUGUAGGUCACUGUGACCUUUAUUUUCUGCUUCACUGGCUUUGUACAGAUUUUGUAUUUAGCUUCAUUUCAAUCAGAGCAGGGACAUAUUUGUAUUUUUUACAAACAAUUGCUAGUAUUUUUAUUAUUUCUUUUUUUAUUUUAUUACCAUUGUUAAAGUGAAUAUUUUUCAGCUGUUCUUGUCAAAGAAAACAAUCCUUAAAGGGGAUUAGUGUCGCUGCUGGGUGAUCAGUUGUUAUAGUCAGCUAUGUGGGGAGUGUUAAGCAAUACAUUGAAUAGGAAUUUGGUGCUCACUGUGAAAUACAAUAAGAUUUGGGGGUUUUAUCCUUGUUAAUUUUACCAAAAGAAAGUCUUCAAAAUCUGUUCAUUUUCAUGUAACUGUGACUGUUCUUUGAAAAUAGUUGUGUGUCCAUAUAUAAAAUAUGAUUGACUUCUCACCCACAAAAGAUUUACUGUAUGAUUCGUUGACGUUGCUUAUGAUUGAAUAAUUAUUAAACAUUGUUUAUCAUUAAAUAAAUAUCAAAUUUUGAC